UGUCUGACGUGACUCGGACCAGUAGCCCAGUACUCCAUUAAGUAACCAUAGCCAUUCUCAGUCUCCAGUCUUCGCGCUUCCUUCUCUCUUCACUUUCCUACUCUGUUUCCAGAAAUACUACUCCAAAGCACGAACUGAACCGUCGCCGCAUUUGCUUGAGUUUGUUUGUAAGUCUCGGAAAUAGCACGUCUAAUCUGCAUUUCAUCACUCUCUCCGCGUGAUUUUGCAUUUCAUUUGCCUAAACAGAGUGUGUGUUAUCUUCUGUCUACAUCGAGUGCUUGGUAGAAUGGGUUCUAAGAAGAAGAAGGCUGGAAGACAUGUAAACAAAGCAGCACCCAAUUUUAGUGCACCUGGUCGUAAUCUAUCUAAGAGUGAUUUAGGAGCAGUUAUCUUUGGAUGUAAACAUUAUACAAUUCAAGAAUGCUUUUCCAAGAUGUUAUUUGGAUUGCCACAUCUACAUUCUCCAUAUGUGAAGAAGGUUAGUCCUGGGCUUCCACUUUUUCUUUUUAACUAUAGUGAUCGGAAGCUUCACGGUAUAUUCAAGGCUGUAGGUCAUGGACAAUUAAAUAUUGAUCCACAUGCGUGGACUGGUGGUAGUGUGGAGCUCACAGAAUACCCUGCACAGGUGCAAUUUAAAAUCUACAAGAGGUGCCAUGCUUUGACAGAAGACCAGUUUUCCCCCAUCAUUGCUGAUAACUACUAUGAAACAAAGCUUUUUUGGUUUGAGCUGGACCAGUUUCAAACUGCCAAACUGAUUGCAUUGUUUUCACCUUCAUCAGUGCCUAAUGAUGGUCUUCAUUCUCGCAAUAUUCCUAGAACUACAAGUGAAGCUAGUACCUCUCUUGGAAAGAGUAAUGCUCAGGUUCCAUUUGAACAGAAUAGAUGGAGUGCACUGUUGAGUGAUGAUUCAACUUCUGAUAUGGUGAACAAAGAUGGAAAUUUGAAGCUUGUGUCUUCACAUCCAAAUUCCCCCUUGUCUAAGCAAUCUAGUGAGGAAUGGAAGUCACCGACUUCACAUUUAAUCAACAAAAGUGGGGAAUUAGAUAAGGUCUGUGCAGAGGAGUGGGCUGAAGCUAUUACCUCUCUCCCGCAGAGUAAUGCUCAUGUUCCAUUUGAACAGAAAGCUUGGAGUUCACUGUUCAAAGAUAAUUCAACUUCUGACAUGGUGAACAAAUUUGAAAAUUUGAAGAUUGUGUCUUCACAUCCAAGUACCCCCAUGUCAAAGCAAUCUAAUGAGGAAUGGAAAUCACAGACUUCACAUUUAAUCAACAAAAGUGGGGAAUUACAUAAAGCCCGUGCAGAGGAGAGGGCUGAGUUGAUGCAAGUUGUUGAAACAUUGAUGGAUAGGCAAAGAAAACAAGAAGAAAAAAUUUGGACUCUUGAGAAGGAACUGGUUCAAUCAAGAGAUGAAUAUAAAAAAUUACAAAAUUGGUGUAAUAUAUUGCAAGCUGGACUAGGGCCUUCAAGCCAGCAGUUUGAAGGAGUUGAUUGUGAACCACUAAACUGCAAUCUUAAGACAGAUGAUUAUGCACUUGUAGUGGGAGGGUUCGAUGGGUAUGCUUUGUUGCAUGAAAUGAGUUCAUAUUCUCCAUUGCAUGAUCGGAUGGAAUCUCUUAGCCCAAUGACAUUUCAGCGUACAUGCCAUUCUGUAGCAAAUUUGAACAGUGAGGUUUAUGUAUUGGGUGGUGUGUAUGGUGACGAGACCUAUGACACAGUUGAAUCAUAUAAUCCAAAGACAAAUCAAUGGUGUCAAAGGCCUUCACUAAAUCAUAAGAAACAAAGUCUUGCUGGAGCAUCUUUGUACAACAAAAUUUUUGCAGUUGGUGGAAAUGGGGUGGAAUAUUUUUCGGAGGUGGAAAUGCUGGACUUGAACAUAGGAAAGUGGAUCCAUUCUGGAUCAAUGCUUGAAAAGCGGGUUGCCACAGCAGCGGUAGAAAUUAAUGGUGCUCUCUACGUGGUUGGUGGUAUGGAUGGACAAGAUUAUUUAAAAUCUGCUGAAAGAUUUGACCCAAGGGAGCAUGCAUGGAGAAGGUUAGCGAACAUGAAAACGAAGAGGGCAUACCAUUCUUUGGUUGCAUAUAAUGAGAAAUUGUAUAUUCUCGGUGGCUAUGAUGGAGAAAGGAUGGUCCAAAGUGUUGAAGUUUUUGAUCCUCGGGUUGGUUCUUGGAUGAUGGGAGAGCAGAUGAAGGACUCUAGAGGUCAUUUCGGCGCAGUUGUGAUUGGUGGAAAGAUAUAUGCCAUUGGAGGGAUAAACAACAGUGAAGAAAUUUUAGCAACGGUAUAUAAGCCCUUAUUGCUGUGUAUGUCUCAUAUGUACUGGAUGAUAGGUGUUGAACAGAACGGGGCAGAAUGGUGUCUACACCUAUCCUUCUUUAGUUACGGAACGCGAGGUCGAAUGUUACGAGGAUGGAUGUGGGUGGCAGCUGACUAACCUGAGAGGUUUUGGAAAGAGAUGUGAUUUCUCUGCCAUUGUAUUGUGAGUUCUGCAGUGUCCGAACUCAUUGUAAAUGGAUGACUUUUGUCUGGCAAUACUAACACCAUGAGAAAUGUAUGACUUAGCUUGGAGAAUUAGCUCUGCUGCUGAUUUCAUAAAAAGUUGUAGACACCGCAGUUGGCUUGUGCAUAUAAAUUACUUUCACUUUCUUCAA